GCAUGAAGUUACGAUGUUGACCUGCUGCACCUGGUCGUAUGGUUAAGUAUUUGAUAAUUUUGGCGUUGAGACGAGUGAGAGUGAGAGUUGACCUUAAGCACCCCUUCUGGUUCUAAUUCAUCUGUGCUCAAUGAUCAGGGGUUUCUAGUUGUGGUUGUGAAGCUCUUUUUACAUACAUUUUGGCGCUGAGUAUAGAUACUGAUGCUGACUUGGUCAUCGCACUUUACUAGAAAUAAUCUUUCUUGUGGUUUCAGUUUCAGUUUCUCCAAGUUGUAAGACCAGUGCUGCGCCGUCCCCGUCUGACUCUGAGAACACCUGCCACGCAGUCCUCGUCCUCUAAUCCCUGCUUUUACGAUUGCGCUGUACGAUCAGAUGCAGCUCUGUUGUCGACGCAAACCUACUGCCUUCUGGAUGUCGUGAUGCGGGAUGUUGAGGAUUUUUUGCUACAUGUGGAGACUCAACACCUAUUGCACGAGGUAGACGAGCAGGGAAAUGUUGCGGAUCAUAG